AUGAAGUCUGCCAAGCUGGGAUUUCUUCUAAGAUUCUUCAUCUUCUGCUCAUUGAAUACCCUGUUAUUGGGUGGUGUUAAUAAAAUUGCGGAGAAGAUAUGUGGAGACCUCAAAGAUCCCUGCAAAUUGGACAUGAAUUUUUGAAGCUGCUAUGAAGUUCACUUUGGAUAUUUCUACAACAGAACCUCCAAAAGAUGUGAAACUUUUGUCUUCUCUGGCUGUAAUGGCAACCUUAACAACUUCAAGCUUAAAAUAGAAUGUGAAGUAGCCUGUGUUGCAAAAUACAAACCACCGUAA